AUGACAAUCGAAUACGAAACCAAACAAUUAACUCCAUCUCAAACCAAAAUCAUUUUGGACACCGUUCCAAUUUUAGAAAAAGCCGGUGAAACAUUAACUCAAAAAUUUUAUCAACGUAUGUUGGGAAAUUACAAUGAGGUCAAACCAUUUUUCAAUUCUACCGAUCAAAAAUUAUUGAGACAACCAAAAAUUUUAGCAUUUGCUUUGUUGAAUUAUGCUAAAAACAUUGAAGAUUUGACUCCAUUGACAGAUUUUGUUAACCAGAUUGUUGUCAAACAUAUUGGUUUGCAAGUGUUGCCAGAACACUACCCGAUUGUUGGUACUUGUCUUAUCCAAACUAUGGUUGAAUUGUUACCUCCAGAAAUUGCUAACCAAGACUUUUUGGAUGCCUGGACCACUGCUUACGGAAACUUGGCUAAAUUAUUGAUUGAUUUAGAAGCUGCAGAGUAUACCAAACAACCAUGGCAUUGGUUUAAAGAUUUCAAAGUGACAAGAAUUGUUCAAGAAUGUAAAGAUGUGAAAUCUGUAUACUUUACCCCAGUUGAUAAAGAACUUUUGCCAUUACCUAAACCUGAACGUGGUCAAUACUUGUGUUUCAGAUGGAAAAUACCAGGUGAAGAAUUCGAGAUCUCUCGUGAAUACUCAAUUUCCGAAUUUCCUAAGGGAAACGAAUAUAGAAUUUCUGUCAGACAUGUCCCAGGUGGUAAAAUAUCAGGAUACAUUCAUAAUGAUUUGAAAGUUGGCGACAUUUUGAAAGUUGCUCCUGCUGCUGGUAACUUUGUCUAUGAUGCAUCUACAAACAAGGAAUUAGUCUUUGUUGCUGGUGGUAUUGGUAUUACACCCUUGGUACCUAUGAUUGAACGUGCUUUAGAAGAGGGAAGAAAAGUCAGACUCUUGUACUCAAAUAGAUCUGCCGAGACCAGAGCAUUUGGUAAUCUUUUCAAAGAAUACAAGUGCAGAUUUGGUGACAAGUUUCAAGUUAAUGAAUAUUUUUCAGAAGAUAAUGUCAUUGAUGACAAGGUUGUUAUUGACAAAGUAUUCAACCGUAAAUUGACUACUGAUGAUUUAGAUUUUAUUGCACCAGAACAUGAUGUAUACCUUAUUGGUCCAAGAGAAUUCAUGAAAGAAAUGAAAGUUCAUUUGGGUAAAAAGAAUAUUCCUGUCAAGCUUGAAUAUUUUGGUCCAUACGAUCCAUAA